GUACGAUCAGAGUCUAUUGAGGUGCUUUCCGGAGUGGCUCGUGUGCCACACCAUCCGUCCAGGUGUUGUGAAUUUAGUGGUGGAAUUUCAGUGCAAUAUACCAACGAGGAUUCUCACGUAAAAAAAGGAUUUCCAGUGCUCAGCAGGAAAAAUUGACUUGCGAAUCAUGUCUCACGGGAGGUUACUCCUUGUGCUCCUAUCCCUCGUCAUCCUCGUCACGGCGAUGAAGAUUGACAUCAAGGAGGAAAAGCCCUAUAACUUGCCAGGAGACAUCAUUCCCGAGAGAUACAGGCUCGCUGUGGUGACCCACAUAAAUGACGAUGAAGGAUUUCGAUUCACCGGGAAAGUGUGGAUCAGUAUCAUGCCCAUUAAGCCAGACGUUCCGGUGAUCAAGUUGCAUUCGAAAAAACUCAAGAUUCGCUUUAAUGAGAUUAGAUUGCUUCAGUGCGAUCAGAAUAGCCCAAAGAGGACAAGAAUUAAGAUAACGAAUGCAGAAUUAAUUCCUGAGCAUGAUUUUCUUGUUAUCCAUCCGGAGGUAACGCUGGAAAAGGGUCGUGUCUAUGAGCUAUACAUUCCAUUUGAAUCGGAGCUAAAUAGUGAUUUGGUGGGUUACUACAAAAGUAGCUAUCUUGACAAAGCAAAGGAGAAGCACUGGCUCUCCAUCACCCAAUUUGAGCCCACCCACGCGAGACAGGCAUUCCCAUGCUUCGAUGAGCCAAACAUGAAGGCACGCUUCGAAAUAAGUUUGGCGCACGACAAGAAAUUCACAGCUCUGAGCAAUAUGCCGCUCAAGUGGUCAGAGCCAUUCGAUGGGAAGAGUCACUGGGUGUGGGAUCACUUCCAAGAAUCUGUUCCCAUGUCAACAUAUCUCGUUGCGUACAGCAUCAAUAAAUUCCACUACAAGGAGUCCUAUGUGAAGAUGGUGGAUGAUGUUGUGUUUAAGAUUUGGGCUAGACCCGAAGCCAUCGAUCAGGUGGACUAUGCUAAGUUUGUUGGGCCAAAAGUGCUCAAAUUCUACGAGGAUUACUUCGACAUCAAAUUCCCCCUGCCAAAGGUGGACAUGAUCGCCAUCCCGGACUUUGGAGCUGGUGCCAUGGAAAAUUUCGGUUUGAUCACAUACCGUGAGACAGCUCUCCUCUUCCAGCCGAAUAUUUCAUCAGCAAGUAGCCAGCAUCGGGUAGCGAGUGUCAUAGCGCAUGAAUUGGCACAUCAGUGGUUUGGGAAUCUCGUUACAAUGAAAUGGUGGACAGAUCUCUGGCUCAAUGAGGGUUUUGCCACGUACAUUGCUAGUCUGGGGGUUGAUCAUCUCCACCCUGAAUGGAAUUCUUUCGAGGAAGAAAGUCGCGAUAACAUUCAAACUGUCUUCAUCUUUGACGCCCUCAAGUCUAGUCAUCCAGUUUCCGUUCCAAUUGGCCAUCCCGGGGAGAUUUCACAAAUAUUCGAUGCCAUCUCCUACAAAAAGGGCUCAACAAUUUUGCGUAUGAUGCACAAAUUCCUCGGUGAAGAAGCCUUCCGCAAUGGUGUCCGUCACUACCUCAAGAAGCACAAGUACAACAAUGCUGAACAAGAUGAUCUCUGGGAUAGCUUAACAUUUGAAGCGCACAAGAUUAAGGCACUCCCCGAGGAGUUUAGUGUGAAGAAGAUAAUGGAUUCGUGGACACUCCAAACAGGAUUCCCAGUGAUAACAGUUGAACGUGACUACGAGAAGGGACAUGCAAAGAUAACGCAAGUUCGUUACUUGCUGGACUCGAAGCGAGAAAAAGAAUUCCUUGAAACCUGCUGGUGGGUUCCAUUGAGUUAUACAACGAAGAAAGAGAUGGAUUUCAAUGCUACCGAAGCGAAGCAUUGGCUAAAGUGCGAAGAUGAUCACAAGCCAGUGCUGAAGGUCAUGAAGGAUAUGCCACCACCAGAGUAUUGGGUCAUUUUCAAUCUUCAACUUUCGGGAUUGUACAAGGUGAAGUACGACAAGAAGAACUGGGAUCUUCUCAUUGAUCAUCUCACGAGUGAAAAGUUCACCGACAUUCACACCCUCAAUCGUGCUCAAUUGAUCGAUGAUGCCCUCGAUCUCGCCUGGAGUGGUGAUCAGGAGUACUCAAUUGCUCUGCGUAUUGUGGAGUAUUUGAAGCAAGAACGAGAGUACAUCCCAUGGAAAACGGCCCUGGAAAAUCUUGCAUCAGUCAAUCGGAUGCUCAAACGUAGUCCACAGUAUGGCUUCUUCAAGAUGUACAUGCGUAAAGUUCUAACGCCAAUGUACAAACUCAUGGGUGGCAUUGUCAGUGACAAAAAAGCCUCUGAUCGAUUGGAUGCAGUUAAACAUAAGAUUCUCAUCACAAGCUGGGCAUGUCGCUUUGAUGUAGCCGAUUGUCGAGAAGAAGCAGUGAUGCUCUUCAAGAAAUGGAUGCACGAGGAGAAGCCCGAUAUUAAGAAUCCCAUUCCCAUUGAUAUGCGAUCUGUUGUCUACUGCAAUGCAAUUCGCAUGGGUACGGAGAAAGAAUGGAAUUUCCUCUGGGAACGCUACUUGAUGAGCAAUGUUGGCACGGAGAAAAUCAUGAUCCUCAGUUCAUUGGCAUGCAGUCGGGAGGUUUGGAUCCUCUCACGCUAUCUUGAGUGGUCAUGCCAGGAGGAGACGGGAGUUAGAAAGCAGGAUAUGCCGACUGUUUUCAGUAGCAUUGCUCACACUGAAGUUGGGUAUCAUCUAGCCAAGGGAUACUUCUAUGAGAACUUUGACAAAAUUCACAAAUAUUUGGGAGCCGAUACAACGAGAUUGGAUCGAUUUGUUCGUACUCUAGCAAAAGAAAUGACCACCGAAAAGGAGUUAGUUGAGCUGAGCAGUUUUGUAAAAGCCCACGCUCAACAGCUCGACAAAGCUACGCAGGGAGUUAAGCAAGCACUCGAGACCGUUGAGAUCAACACUCAGUGGCAGCACAAGAACUACAAGAGUAUCUCACGUGUUCUCAAGGAAUUCACGGAAAUCCACGAGGAAUUGAAGGCACAAGCAUAGAGGGAGAAAUGUGUUAAUUUAAAAGAGAAAAAAAGGAAAUACAAGGAAAUUUUUGAGAAUUA